AUGAGAGACACAGCGUCAACUGCGCACGACGAACCCGACCUCUGCGAUUCCGAUCCUGAUACGCCAACUGCUUCGUCUGAGGUCGCUUCCGCUCCAUCACCCCCUCGUCUGGCCACCCUCCCGGUCUCCCUCGAAACACACGACCACACGGACGCGUUCCCUGAGCUGCCACGGCUGCCGUCCAAACAUACACUGCCGAGCCCACGCAGCGGCCGCUCGUUCAGUCUGGCCCAGAUUUCGGGCCCUAUCAAGCGGAAGCCGUUGUCGUCGACCGCCUCUCCCGCUGCCGUCCGCUUCUCCAAGGGCACUGCAUAUGCCGACGUCAUUGCCGACCUCCCCAGGCCCGAGCAGAGGUUCGCAAGAUCGUGCUCGCUCGACAGCCCGACACUCUACGAGUUCCCUGACCAUCGGACUCUGCUGGCCACGGCGAGUUCGCUGAAUACCGUCGUCGACUGGCCAGCGAGUCGCGACACCAGCCAACCAUCAUCUCCCUUCACUGAUUCCUUCAGCCGCCCCGUUGUCCCGGUUGACGGCGCGGGAGACGUGCAUUCGAGUAGCAUUGCGGGAAGCAGUCCUGCAGCCAUUCAAACAUCACACACACCUGUCGAUGACAGGAGCUCUAGCGCCGAAACAGCCAGUGUGGUCACUCAGGAGUCGGCCCCGUACGAGCCCGACGAUCUGUACUCGAACCAGGGCUCCCCCGAGCCGCACGGGUACAAGCGCUUCACCAUCACCAAGACUAAUACCAAGACUAUGUCAAUGUUCGCCCGAAAGUCACCUCCUCCGCAACUUAAUCUUGGGCCGAACACCAGAGAUGUGCCAGAUACGACCUCAGCAACAACACUAGAACAAACUAAUCUUAAUAAGCCGCUCCCGAAGUCCCCAGCCUCCUCUAAACUCAGCACCUUUCUUGGAUGGGCCACCUCAGCGUCGCCCACAACCGCGACCGAUUACUCGGACAAGAGUUUUUCGCCCCUCCCGUCACCCGAGUCGCCCAAGCCGGCGACUGCAGUGACCGAGUCCUAUGAGACUCCGAUUGCUUCCAAGGGUCCGACCUUCGCUAACCCCACAGAGCAGAACUCCCUACAGUACUGCGAAGCCUUCCUUCAGACACCAGCGGACAGCACAACAUCACUCGGCCAGCUCGAAGAGAUGGAGGAUGAGCUGAGGGCCAUUAGCGCCGAGUUGGCCUUGUCAAUCCGGCGCGAGAUAGAUCUAGAAGAUUUAGUAGAGAGACUGCAGGAGCAAAUUAGCAACCCGCAGGCGCCCGGGAGACGGACGAGCGACUACUUCUCCGAUUCCGGCUAUAGUUCGGCCAAGUUCAGCGACUAUGAUCAGGCGAAAGAGGAAAUCUCACAGAUUCAACGCAGGGCUGAGCAGGAGAAGGCACGGAUACGAUUGGAGCUCACCAAUAAACUGCAGGACGAGCGCUCCAAGCGACGGCUGUUGGACCAACAAAUACAGGAGCUAUCCAGAAAGGCGUCGCAGCUUGACAUCGCCCAGCUCAACAACGAUGACAGCGGACGGGUCAAGGAGCUUGAGAGCAUGUGCGAAGACCUGAGCAGGAGGUUAUCCGAAGAGCGCCAGGUCAAGAGCAAUUUUGAGGAUCUCCUUGGCGCCCUCAAGGGAGAGCUGCAAACGGCAUCGAAUGAGCGAGACAAUCUACGCGAUGAAAUCGUCCCUCAGCUGAGGGCUCGCGUCGAAGGCCUCGAGGCCGAGGCCGCCGAGCAUGCGAGGCUCAUCUAUGACACGUCCAAGAUACAGCAGGAGCUUCAGUUACUCAGGUCCGAGAACGCCGAGCUGAAGCAGACGAUACCUCGCAUGUCGGUGGGUCUGUCCAGGUCAGCGUCGGUCACGGGCGCGUCAUACGGGAAAACGCGGCCGCUACGGCAGCAAUCCCUCUCGCGGUCCAAUACAACGAGAUCGAGCGAACCUCGAGAUGUCUUGGCGGAAAGAUUAAAAGAUGUUGAGGCUCAGCGGGACGCUCUACAUAGUGCGCUUAAGAGUCUUCUCGAAAGACAAGACCUCCAGAACCGCGAGAAUGCCAAGAGGAUACGGCAACUCGAGAUGGAACGCGAUCGCCUUCUCACGGCCUCGCCGAAGAAGGCCGGCUAUGAGAGGGAGGUGUCCCUCCUCCGCGACGAGAUCGGCGUCCUACGCCGCCGCGCCGAGGAAGCCAUCGAGCAGAAAUGGCAGGUCGAGAAGGGCCUUGCCGGACUGAAAAUGGACCUGGACCGAGCUGUGGGCGAAAUCGCCUCACUACGGAGCCUGCUCCGGGAAAAGGAUAUACUGAUUCCCGAGGCUCUGGCCCGGCCAGGCAGCAGCCACAGCGUAGACGAUACCCCUGUCAGCUCAGACUCGCUCGAGCAGGCCUAUCAAGACCUGCAGACCACGUACCUGGAUGCGCUAGAGCGCAUCAAGAGCCUUGAAGAGGGCACGCGCACCGACGAGAAGACGCAGCUUGCCAUGCAACGCCUCGAGCAGUCCCUCUCGGCGGCCGUUUCGGACCGCGACCUCGCCCGCACCGAGGCGUCCUCCUACCGCGCCCAGCUCGAGUCCCUCCAGACACUGGAGAAGCAGCACCUCGACACGGAGCGCGACCUUGCUGCACAACUACACGAGUCGGCCCGCCGCGUGGAAGAGCUCGCGCUGCAGGUCCGCUCGCAGCUUGAAGCCAACGCGACACUACGCACCCGCCUGGCCGACACCAUCGCCCGCGGCGAGGCCGAGCAGCGCGUCAACACGGACCGCAUCGCCGGCAUGCAGGCCCGCCUGCGCGCGCUCGAGGACGAGGUCGUCGCCGCGCAGACGGCGGCCGAAGAGCGCGUCGCCCGCCACGAAGAAGACCUCGCUGCCCUCCGCGACGCCCACUCCACCCAGCUCCACCGCCUGCGCGACGCCUCGGGCUCAUUGCGCGGCGAGAGGCGCGUCUUCCCGCCUAAAUCGCCGCUCUCGCCCAUCUUUAGCCUCAACGCUACCCGCCAGGGCGGCGGCGGCGGCAAAUCGCCGUCGCGCAUGUCGACGCCUUCACCCCUGGUCAACUCAUACGGUACCUACGGCCUCCGUCCCCGCCCGGGGACACUGAGGCGAUCGACGACGGAGCCUUCGGCGGAGGACAUGAGCGCGCAGAUGGAGACGCUCAAGCGGCGCGUGGCGGAGCUCGAGGGCGCGUUGGCGUCGGCCGACGCCGAGAUGCAGGAGGUUGUGGGGCGCAUGAGCGCGGCGCAGAUCGAGGUGCUGCGGUUGCAGGAGGAGAGGGAGGAGGCGGUGCGGGAGACGAGGAGGUUGAGGAAGCAGCUGGAGGAGGAGAGGGUGAGGGUCUUUAAUGGAAGGUGGAGGGGGGUAAGUGAGGCGGGGAUGGUGCAAUAA